AUGCGGGUGUUGCUGGACGUUCAUCCAAAAGUUCGCUGCGGGCCAGAAACUCGAAUACUUCCCCGGAUCCUGCAUAUAAGCUCCCAUUUAGUUGGAACACCAGAGAUGAAUCGACUGGCGGCUGCUGGCAUCUCCCGAGACACUCUUGAUAUCGCCUUUUUGAAGUUCAUACGAACAAUCAUUUUUCGCAGUGGACCUCCGGCUGAAAGAUACUGCGUCAAGGAUCCCUUUUUGGAUACUUCGAUGAACUUCCUUUUCAAAAUCUUUCCCAACUCAAAAUUUAUCCUCAUGAUUCGUGAUGGGCGUGCUGUGGCGCAUUCUGUCGUCAGGUAUGUUAAUUUUUAA